UCUUUUUCUUUUUCAAUUUCUGGGGGAAAGAAAAUUCUAAAAAUAUCUGAUGGACAUUUUACUAUUAAUGCAAUAGACCUAUGAGAACGUGGGGGGGCUGUUCUCAAGGAAUUUCACAAUUAUUUUUAAUUAGUCAAAAUGACAGUAUAAUUCAAAGAAGCUUAUUGCCCGUACUUUUAUAGCCUACCAGGUGUUCAGGGAAUUUAAUGUUUUCAGCAUGAUUUCUGUUUCAGCUCUUAUGUUUUUGGUUUUAUUUGCUGGCAUGCUGUGAAUUUUGGCGAAGGUGGUGGGGGUUUUAUUGUGGCAGCAAGCAAAUGCGAAAUAACCUGCAGGUAUAAAAAUGGUCCGCUUGCACACAAAAUCUCCCAGAAAGCAUCCCUGACUGUGGGCAGAGGAUGAGCAGAAACUACCACCCGGCACACCUCAGCGUUUUGUUGCGGCUUGUGAGGGCUCAGGGGAAGCUUUUGCUGUAAAUCGAGCUCUCGGGGGGAAAAGAGGAAUGGGAUACCGCCGCGGUUCCGCGGCUUUCUCAUUGCUUCAGCAAGGCCAGGGGCAGUUUCUUUCUCAUGCAGGCUGAAGAAAAGGGAUGAUUGUGGUAACUCUGGUUUUACCUAAACGUUUUCCAGAGAUGGAAAACUGGGUGUCGAGACGCGGGGUUGUCCCAAGGGAUACGGGAUAGACCGAGUCUCGAGGGGAGUCCGGGCUUGCCCCGCUCGCAUUGACUCUUCCACCCUGCAGAGCGACUUAACCCAGGGUCUGAAUCUCUCUGGCGGGAGCCACUUCCACACGGGGAGAAAUUGAAGGCGAAAGGGAGAGGAGGAGAAAACUUUCCACUAACUUACUUUUUUGGCCAAGAGCGCUUGUGUUCGUAGACACCGAGUCCUUCCCCCAGCCCUCCCCCCCCAGCCCUCCCCCUCCCCGCCUUUACUAGCGUACAAUUAACAUCAUUAGGAAUCAGCCCUCCAGCUAAUAGAGGAACUGCGACGAACAACGGUUUAAGCCCCGGAGGAUAUGAUGUUCACGAAACUCUUUCAGCAGUGGAGUUUCGCGGUGUUUCUGCUGAGUUAUUCUGUGCCCUCCUACGGAAGAUCGGUAGAGGGGAUCAGCCGCAGACUCAAACGGGCUGUAUCAGAGCACCAGCUACUGCAUGACAAGGGCAAAUCAAUCCAAGACUUACGAAGAAGGAUAUUCCUUCAAAAUUUAAUUGAAGGUGUCAACACUGCAGAAAUCCGUGCAACUUCAGAGGUCUCACCUAAUCCUAAGCCUGCUACCAACACAAAGAACUACCCUGUCCGAUUUGGCAGUGAAGAUGAGGGCAGAUACCUAACUCAGGAGACAAACAAAUCACAGACCUAUAAAGAACAGCCCCUGAAGGUAUCAGGGAAGAAAAAGAAAGCGAAGCCUGGAAAACGUAAGGAACAAGAGAAGAAAAAGAGGCGAGCUCGCUCAGCUUGGCUAAAUUCUGGCAUAUAUGGAAGCAACGUAACUGAGAGCCCAGUCUUGGACAACUCCAUUACUACACAUAAUCAUAUUUUAAGGAGGUGCUGAUAUUUUCAGCAAGACAUCUUUGGAAGACAUAUUGCAGUAUUCUGUAAUAGUGAACAUAGAACAUAUGGGAAGUAUUAAAAUAUUUAUUACCUGUAAAUAUUGUAAAUGCUCAGAAUAAAACCUUUUUGUUCCAUUGCUCUCCAAAACUGCACAUUUGGUUAUUGUGAAUUUCCCUUUUUUUUUUUUUAAUAUUUUUAUUGGCUAAGGCUAAGACAGUUAUUAUUGUCACAUUUACCCUAAUUUAUUUUGUUGAUUGGUGUAUUUAUUUUGUGAACGUAUCUUGGUGCUGCUGACUUUCUCUAUUUUUUGUAACAUAAUGCACUUUAGAUAUAUAUUGAGAACUGGUAUUAAAUGUUCCUGUUUUGUGGUUGACUUCAAUGAAUGCCUACAUGAAAUUUUUCAAACUGAUUUUCCUUUGUGCAUGUAUAAUAGCAGUAUUUUAAAAUUUGUAAAGAAUGUUUAAUAAAAUAUAAUCUAAACAAAUCAUGACUCAG